AUGGACCCCUCCCCGAGAGAACUCCCUCCGCCACCUGGCGUGACUCGAUCGGCGCCAGGGAGAACCUCGACUCCCCUCCCCGCGGCUCCGUUCGAAUGGCACGCGGAGAGAAUGCAGAAUUGGCUUCAGGCCAAGGCGGAGGAAGAUCGACGGGUACAGGAGGAGGAAAGGUCCCUUCAAGAGACGUUGAAAUUGGAGCGACGCAAAGUGGAGCAAGCGAUGCUGGUGGAAUCUUUGCGUGCCGGUGUUCCGCCGCAAAUGAUUCCAUUCAUCUUUACGAGUAUGAGUGGGGGAGACAACUCCCAAUUCUCGCUGGAGAUGACCCAGCAGCACCUGUCGCAACCCCCCGAACAGCUACAGUCCCUGUUCCAGCGCAGCCGCAGUCGUUUUCUGGUCCAGGAUUGCCCACGACGCUUCCACCGCCAACUUCGUCACAGCCAUGUCUAG